UCCGACCGGUGUGGCGGUGCGGAGGGUGUGGGCUGGUUGGGCUGAAGGGCAGGGCGCAUACUUCGUACUCGUUAUGCUGUAGGCUACCAGCUACUUUGCGCACUGUCUGUCUGGAUCUAAUCGGCAGCCUAAAGUGCCCAACGCUUUCUAUCGCCGCUUUGCUAUUCGCAUUUAUCCAUAGAGACCCUUGGAUUUGUACGUGCGCGUCAUUUCUGACCUGUGGAGUGAUUUUACGCGCCGGCAAUUUGGGACUGAUCUUAUCGAAUCCGAAUGGAAUCAAACGGCAAAGCGGGAAAACAUGGUUUAGAGGGCGAUGUGGACCUCCAGUUCCUGCUGGAGGGGGGAAAGCUGCUGAAAGUAAAGUCUUCCUCUUGGAAAAAGAACCGAAUGUACAAGCUGCAUGAUGACUACACGACCAUAUGGCAUGAGUCAUACAGGAUAUUCAAGAGAAAAGAGACCUUUUCCAUUGAUGACGUCGACUCUGUGCGUAAGGGCCGCCAGUCGGAGGGUCUUCAGAAGCACACAGAGGCCCACGUGGAGGACCUCUGUUUCUCCAUCAUCUUUAAGGGCCGCAGGAGGAACCUGGACCUGGUGGCGACCUCGGCGGAGGAGGCUAGGCAGUGGGUCAAUGGUCUGGAGAAGAUCCUCUCUAACAUGAAGAAACUCAACCGCCAGCAGACGAGCGAGCACUGGAUCUUCAACUGUAUGAGGAAAGCAGACAAGAACAAGGACAACAUGAUGACUCUGAAGGAGCUGAAACACUUCCUUCGCCAGAUCAACGUCGAGGUGGACGAGACCUACGCUAAAGUGCUGUUUACAAAAUGUGACACGUCAAACUCGGGCACCCUGGAGGGUUCUGAAAUCAAACUCUUCUACGACCUGUUGACUCACCGGGAGGAGAUCGAUGUGAUCUACGAGAAGCACGCCGCCACGGGGGGGCAGAUGAGCGCCAAUGACCUGCUCAACUUCCUGCUGAACGAGCAGCGUGAGGUGGCCACCUUGGAGGACGCUUUAAGACUCAUAGAGAAAUACGAACUGGACGACUCAGCAAAGCAUAUGAAUCACAUGACCAAAGAUGGCUUCCUGAUGUACAUGCAACAGGAGGAGGGGUCUAUCUUCAACCCCGCCCACAAGACGGUGUACCAGGAUAUGAGCCAGCCAAUCAACCACUACUUCAUCAGCUCCUCCCACAACACCUACCUGAUGGGAGACCAGCUCAAAGACCCCAGCAGCACAGAGGCCUAUAUCAAGGCCCUGAUGAAGAGUUGUCGCUGUGUGGAGUUAGACUGUUGGGACGGGGCCCAGGGGGAGCCAAUCAUCUACCACGGCCACACCCUCACCUCCAAGGUCCUGUUUAAAGACGUCAUCAAGGCCAUCAAGGAGUACGCCUUCAAGACAUCAGAGUACCCAGUGAUCCUGUCCCUGGAGAACCACUGUACCCUGGAGCAGCAGAAACUGAUGGCCAAGCACAUGAUCUCCAUCCUGGGCAGCGCCCUGCUCACCUCCCCCCUGGAGGACCAGAUGCCCACUGCCUUCCCCUCACCCGAGGAGUUGAAGGGUCGGUUCAUCAUCAAGGGGAAACGUCUGAACAAGCUGGAUGCCGUCUACAGCAAUACUAGUCCUGGAGUAGAGGAAGACUGUGUCUCAGAGGAGGACGAGGCUGCAGAGACCAACAACUCCAAGACAGACCCCAACGGACAGAAGGCCAAAGCCAAGAAGUCAAAGAUCAAGCUAGACAAGCAGCUGUCUGAUCUGGUGAUCUACUGUAAGAGUGUCCACUUCUCAGGGUUUGAGCACGCUGAAAACAACCAGGCCUUCUAUGAGAUGUCCUCCUUUAAAGAGAGCAAGGCUUUUAACCUGGCCGAGACAGCAGGUAAAACCCUCUGUUCUCGAAACGCCUUCAUCCACCACAACAUGACCAAGCUGAGCCGCAUCUACCCAGCUGGAUCCAGAACAGCCUCCUCCAACUACAACCCAGUUCCCCUGUGGAACGCAGGCUGUCAGAUAGUGGCGCUGAACUUCCAGACUCCAUCUAAGGAGAUGGACCUGAACCAGGGCCGGUUCCGAUCCAACGGGCUGAGUGGAUACGUCCUGAAGCCUGAAUUCCUGAGAUACGACGGGUCAGAGUUCAACCCUAUGACCCUAACCAAAGGACCCUGGAUCAAACACAAGACCUUCCACAUCAUGGUGAUCUCAGCCCAGCAGCUGCCCAAGCUAAACAAGGACAAGCCUAAAUCCAUCGUGGACCCGCUGGUUAAAGUGGAGAUCUACGGUGUUCCAGCUGACACGUGUAGCAAGGAGACACGCUCCAUCGAGAACAACGGUUUUAACCCCAUGUGGAAUGAGUCGUUCCAGUUUGACAUCCAGGUACCAGAGCUGGCCAUAUUGCGCUUCCAGGUCGAAGACUAUGACGCCACCUCACAGAACGACCUGAUUGGACAUUACUGCCUGCCACUGACCAGUCUACAGAACGGUUACCGCCACGUCCCUCUGCUCACCAAGCGUGGUGAUGUCCUCCCCUCCGCCGGCCUGUUUGUUCACCUCAUGCUGCUGGACGCCAAAUAGAUCCCGACCCACUUCACGCUGACCCCUCCCACAUCACGCUGACCCCUCCCACUUCAAACUGACCCCUCCCACACCACACUGACCCCUCCCACAUCACGCUGACCCCUCCCACUUCAAACUGACCCCUCCCACACCACACUGACCACUCCCACUUCGCUGACCCCUCCCACACCACACUGACCCCUCCCACACCACACUGACCCCUCCCACACCACACUGACCCCUCCCACACCACGCUGGCCCCUCCCACACCACACUG